CCGUAUAAUGUAGACACAAACAAAUGCGUCCUAAUAAUAGAGCCUUGUUUAGGAACAGAAUACCGAGUAAUUCACUAUCAAGGCCGCUGUUACAUCAUUUAAUAAUAAUCCAAUUUAAACACCCAGUCGUGAGUCUGCCUCUUCACAAGAACGUCCACAAUGGUGCUUACACUAGAUCGAUGGGUCGGAAACGUCGCUGUAGUGACAGGUGCAAGUUCUGGAAUAGGUGAGGCGAUUGCAGAACUUCUCGUGGGCAAAGGAUUAAUAGUCGUUGGUUUAGCUCGCCGUUCCGAACUCGUCGAGGAAAAAGCUAAACAACUUUCUGGGAAAGCAGGUAAACUGCAUGCUGUUAAAACCGACAUCACCAAAGAAGAAGACAUCGUGAAUGCGUUCAAAUGGAUUGAAAAAAAUUUGGGUCAUGUUCACAUCCUUAUCAACAAUGCUGGUAUUUCUAAAGAAAAUUUGCUGAGGGAUGGAGAUGCAGCGGCUUGGAAGCAAACUUUCGAUGUGAAUGUUAUGGGGUUGUGUAUUGCAACUCGGGAGGCUGUUAAGAUAAUGUCUGCUAAUAAUAUCAAAGGGCAUAUUAUCCAUAUUAACAGUGUAGUUGGCCAUAAAGUGAUUCCUUUUCCCGGGAUUAAUGUCUACACGGCGAGUAAAUACGCAGUGACUGCUUUGACGGAAACUCUGAGACAUGAAUUGAAUGCAAUUGAUUCCAAAAUUAAAACUACCAGUAUCAGUCCUGGGUUAGUAACCAGCGAGAUGACAACUCUUAAUCCUAAGCUUGGUGAGGACCGUAAAAAGUUAAUGGCUACUAUGCCAAUACUAAAGGCAGAAGAUAUUGCCGAAGCUGUGGAAUACGUCUUGUCUACAUCUGAAAAUGUUCAGAUUAAUGAAUUAACUAUCACGCCGGUUGGUGAGAAAUUUUAAAUUCAAAUCUACUGCCACUUUCUUCUAAUUUCAUGUAUCUGCACUUUUAAAAAUGUUAUAAAUCAUGUUGUACUAAUAUUUGAAGAAAAUAUUAUUUACAGAAAUCUGAAAAAAAUGA